CCUUUCGCCAGCGGCGCGCUCUGAUUGGCUGAGGCGGAGGUGACCCGGGCGCGCCCCCCGGCAUGGCGGCGGCGGGGCUGAGCCGGGGCCCGCUCUGGCUGCGCUGCCGCUCCUGGCGGGGUUUGGCCUCCGGGACGGACGGCGAGUCGCGCCUGGCCCGGCUGCUGCGAGAGAAGUUCCCGCGGGCCUCGGCCAUCAAGGUCGUGGAUAUCUCAGGAGGCUGCGGCGCCAUGUACGAGAUCCACGUGGAGUCGGAGGAGUUCCGGGAGAAGCGGCCGGUGCAGCAGCACCAGAUGGUGACACAGGCCCUGAGUGAGGAGAUCAAGCACAUGCACGGCCUGCGCAUCUUCACCUCGGCCCCCAAGGCCUGAGGCUGCCCCCAGCCCCCUUGAAGAGCUCCAGGAGAGACCCCAGCCUCAAUAAAGAGCUCCAGGAGGGGCCCGGGGCUGCCCCCCUGGCUGCAAACCCCC